GGGAGGGCAGGAAGCGGCGGAGCGGGGGCCGCAAUCCAUCCCCGUGCCCGCGGCCGCCGUGAGGGAGGGCAGGAAGCGGCGGCGGGCGGCCCCAGCCCUUCCGGGGCGCGGGCGGCCCAGGGGCGGCGGAGCCGGGGCGGCCGCGGCCGCAGCGCGGAUAUGGAUAACAGGAAGGAUGAGAAAAGCAGGACGCUGUGUGCAACCUCAGAAGAAGGGCUGAAGGCCCGAGGAAAAGAGAAAAGGAAACGAAAGCGCAGCAGAAGCAGAUCCUCAUCUGUUUCAUCCACAUCGUCUUCUAGCAGUGCAUCCACUUCUUCCUCCUCAUCACGUUCAUCGUCAAGGUCAUCUUCUUCCAGUCGUAGUAGAGAUUCUCCUAAGUCUAAGUCAAAGAAAAAGAAAAAAGAAAAACACAACAAAAAGAAAAGGAAAAAGGAGAACAAAAUGAAGAAAAAGAAAGAAAAGAAGAAAAGGAAAGAGAAAACAGGACCUGUCCAGCUUUCCAAGUUCUUCAAAAACAAAAAGAAGAAUGAGAACUACAGCAUGAUAACCGGAAAGAAAAUUAAGAUGAAAAUAAAGAAGACUAAGGAAGAUAUAGAGAGAGACCGGAACCGUGCCCAGCUCCUGGAAUUUCUGAACUCUGCCUUGUAACAGGAAGAGUCCUCACCAAGGACUGGCAGAUGUACCAAGCCAACCAUCAUCCUAGCAGAACACUAAAGAGAAACUCAGGGAAAAGGACACCAAGUUGGACAAGACCUGACCCUCCUACUGAGAAGAAAACUGGGAUGUCCUUCUUAAUGGCAAAACACAGAGUAGCUAAUAACUUGUUAAUGGAGAUCCAUGUCCUCCUUUUGAGAUCCUAAGGUAAUAGCCAGGCUGUGGUGUUUUAGAAAAGCCCAAGUGUGUGUUGUUCACAAUGAUAGGAAAUGACACACUGAAGUCCAGCAAUGUAAUUUCUAUCUUAACUGCAUGCAGAAUGCACUCUUAAUUUCAAAUGUCUUAAUUUUUCUAGUAGUUUAAGCAGAGUAUUUGUAAAUGUUUAUUUGAAAGAUGAAGUGUUUCUUUCAUGUAUAUUUUUUUUCUGGUAGUGGUUAUGCGUAUCAUAAAGAGCAAACUGACCUCUGUAAAUAGAACAUCCUUUUACAUAAAUGAUUUUUUUGAAAGUUCA